AUGAAUAGCUUAGAUAAAGAGAAGGUUUUGUUCUUUUGUUGUGAUAUUUAAGAUGUUUUUAAUAAUGAAGCAAAUUAAAAGAAUUAUAAUUGUUUGUAAGUUAUAGAAUGUGCAUGUUUGAUGAAUGAAUUUGCUAAAGUUUUUGACAUACCCAUUAUUGUUUCAGAAUAAAACCCUAAGGUUUUUGGAAGUACAGUUCAAUAAUUAAAGAAUACUUUCACAUAAAAUACUCAUUUUUAUGAAAAGUUUACUUUUACAAUGCUUUCUGAUAAAGGAUUAGAAAUAUUAAAACAAUAUCCUAAUAGAAAUCAAGUUGUAAUUUAUGGAUUAGAAACUCAUAUUUGUGUUUAAUAAACAUGCUUGGAUCUUAUUAAAUUAGGUUAUUAAGUUUAUAUAUUGACUGAUGGUACAUCAAGUAGUAAACCAUUAUAUAGAUCAACUGCUUAUGAAAGAUUAAAAUAAUGUAAUGUAUAUUUAGAGACUUCAUAAUCUGUAAUGUACACAUUAAUGUAAACUUCAUAAAAUGAGAAAUUUAGAGAUGUUUUAAAAUUAAUAAAAAAAUAUCAAUUUUAAAACAUAUUUCCAAGUUUAUGA